CCAGAGGUUUUAGCGUAGAACAGUCUCACUCGGACUCGUAAUGUCGUUGAGGCAGACCUGAACUAUAUCUUCUGUAAUCAUCUCAUAGAGAUAAAUAGCCUGUACUCAAAUAAAUAAUUAGAACCAGUCGCUUCAUUUGGACAAAUAGUUUUUAGUUUUUUUUGUUGCCAAAUUCGAUAGGGAACAGUUUGACAGUAGUCUAUCAGCCUGUCCAGAAGAAUGAAUAAGUGGUAGCUCUCCAUCCACCGUUUCCAUGCAACAGCGCGUGUGGCUGUGAAGCACGCGGAGGGAUCGAUGCUGUAGGCAGAGAGCGACGGCACAGUAGAUCUGGACCCGGAGCGCCUUUUUAGACCCGAUGGAGAGACACGAUGUUGUAAAUGAGCUGGCUCGGAGCGUAAACCAUCCUGAUAGUGCCGAAGAGCCCGGUUCUUCUUCCCUAUCCUGUGAGCACUAUGGCAGCCCGCAGCAGGAGGUGACUGCCACGAUGAGGAGGAACGACAAUUACCUGCCGGUCCCUGGCGAAGAGAAGAGCCCGGAUGUGGACUUUGUCAACACCAAGGACACAAGCGAUGAGUCCAUACCAAUGAAAAAUCGUUAUGCGGAUGAUGGCUCACUUCGGUAUCCACGGCAAGGCCCUUACUUCUCCGAUGGGCAGCGGCGGGUGGACUACGUGCUCACCUACCAGAUCCAGAAGCCCAACAGCAUCCGGCGCCAGUCGUCCAGGUUUGGCGACAACAACUUCAUCCAACGGUUUUGGCGCAGCCUGAACAUUAGAAGCCGACGCGCCGACGCGCAGCCAAAGGAAGACCCGGAGAUCGCCGCCCAGGAGCAACAGACUGACUAUCAUGAAGAUGACAAGCGCUUUAGGCGGGAGGAGUUUGAGGAAAACAUCCGAGAGACGGGGCUGGAGCUGGAAAUGGACGAAAGGACUACUAUCCCUGGAAUCGGCUUCAUGAAGGUCCAUGCUCCUUGGAACAUUCUGUGUCGGGAGGCUGAGUUUAUGAAGCUCAAGAUGCCAACAAAGAAGAGUUACGAAGUGAAACAAGGCAGUAAUCUGGUGGAGAAGAUCCGGCUGUUCAUUCACAAAGUCACAGCUCCUCUCCACCCAAAAGUAGACCCCAACCGGCCACAAAGCGUCAAAUUCCUCUCUCACCCUUUCUCCAGAGAGAAGCAGCAUCUAUUCGACCUGUCUGACAGGGACAAGUUCUUUGACAGCAAGACCAGGAGCUCAAUAGUGUAUGAGGUACUAAAGAGGACUAGAUGCACCAGAGCCAAAUACUCCAUGGGGAUCACCAGUCUGCUAGCCAAUGGUGUCUAUACGUCUGCUUAUCCUCUGCAUGACGGAGACAUUGAGGGGGCGAAUGCAGAACCUAACGACAGAAAGCUGCUGUACGAACAGUGGGCCAGCUACAGCUUCUUCUACAAGUACCAGCCUAUUGGACUCAUCAGGAAGUAUUUUGGGGAGAAGGUUGGACUGUACUUUGCCUGGUUAGGAGUCUACACACAGAUGCUGAUCCCAGCAGCCAUAGUUGGAGUCAUUGUAUUCCUCUACGGCUGCGCCACUGUCGACGAUAACAUACCAAGUAUGGAGAUUUGCGAUCCCAGGCACAACAUCACCAUGUGUCCGCUGUGCGAUCGCGCCUGCAGCUACUGGAAGCUGGUGACGGCGUGUGGUACAGCCCGAGCCAGCCACCUGUUUGAUAACCCGGCCACUGUCUUCUUCUCCAUCUUCAUGGCCCUCUGGGCGGUUCUAUUCAUGGAGCACUGGAAGAGACGACAGAUGCGACUCAACUAUAUCUGGGACCUGACAGGCUUCGGAGAGGAGGAGCAGGAGGAGCAUAAGGACCACAACCGAGCCGAGUACGAGUUCCGGGUCAUGCGAAAGACAAUAAGAAAGGAGCCUCAAACCCCAAAGAUAGAGGAAAGUGAGAAGGUGAAGGUGAAGCUGACGUGUACAGACAGACUGCCAGCUUACCUGACUACUAUGGUAACGAUGGUCUUCAUGAUCCUGGUGACGUUUGCCAUAGUCUUCGGGGUCAUCCUGUACCGGAUUAGCAUUAAAGCAGCCCUGCACAUGAGCACCUACUCAGACCAGUCCAACAUCAGAGCCACUGUCAAAGGCACGGCCGCCGUCAUCAACCUCGUCGUCAUCAUCAUCUUAGAUGAAGUCUACGCCGCCAUCGCCCGCUGGCUCACCACACUGGAGGUUCCAAAGACGGACAAGAGCUUCGAAGACCGCCUCAUCUUCAAAACCUUUGUCUUGAAGUUUGCCAAUGCAUUCACACCCAUCGUCUACUUGGCCUUUUUCAGGGGCAGACUCGUUGGCCGGCCCGGAAACUACUUGUAUGUUAUUGGAUCGUACCGAAUGGAAGAGUGUGCCCAUGCAGGCUGCCUCAUGGAGCUGUGCAUCCAGCUGUGCAUCACUAUGCUUGGCAAGCAGCUCAUCCAGAACAACCUGUUUGAGAUUGGCAUACCGAAGCUGAAGAAGCUGCUCCGGCGGAGGAAAUCUGACUUGGACUCCAAGCAAGAGGAGGAGCUGAACAGGUCUCUGUAUCGCCACGAGAAAGACCACAUCCUGGGUCCCUUCGUCGGCCUCAGCCCUGAGUACAUGGAGAUGAUCAUCCAGUUUGGGAUGGUGACUCUAUUCGUGGCGUCCUUCCCUCUGGCUCCGCUCUUCGCUCUGCUCAACAACAUCAUCGAGAUUCGCCUUGACGCCAAGAAGUUUGUUAUGGAGCUGCGCAGGCCGAUCGCAGCCAAAGCCAAAGACAUCGGUAUCUGGUACAACCUGUUGAGAGGCCUCAGCAAGGUAGCAGUCAUCGUUAACGCCUUUGUCAUCUCCUUCACCUCCGACUUCAUCCCACGGCUGGUCUACCAGUACAUGUUCAGCGUUGACGGCACCAUGCACGGCUUCGUCGAUCACACUCUGUCUUACUUCAACGUCAGUCACUUCCAGCCGGGCACAGACCCUCUGCAGCCAUUGCACCUGGGCUACAGUGUAGAAAUAUGCAGAUAUAAGGACUACAGAGAGCCUCCCUGGUCCAGCACACCAUAUGAGCUCUCCAAGGAGUUCUGGGUCAUUCUGGCCGCUCGCCUCGCCUUCGUUGUCGUCUUUCAGAACGUGGUGAUGCUCAUGAGUGACUUUGUGGACUGGCUGAUCCCGGACAUCCCCAAGGACAUCAGCCUCCAGAUCCACAAGGAGAAGAUCCUCAUGGUGGAGCUGUUCAUGAAGGAAGAGCAGGGCAAAAGGCUUGCAGCGCGGGACAACCACAACCAGGACAACUGCAACUCCCCCUCGUCAGCCAAUCAGAGCCCGCCGCGGCCCCGCUCACGGCCAGUCUCGCACGCCAACUGCUGUUAAACUGUUAGCCGCGAGAAAAAAACACAGCACCUGUAUACAAACUGUCCAUAAGGGAAUCAGCUGCAUAAAGCUAGCUGUUAAAGGUUAGAAAGGUUUUAAGGCAUGAUCAGUUUUUAAUAAUCAGCAAAAGUGCUUUUGCUGCAUUAAUGUUGUUUGGGAAUAUUUGCAAGAAUGACUUGACAGUUAAAGCAAAAACUCUGACGCAUUCACAUCAGAAUUCCUUCACCUUAGAAACGGGUUGUUGACCUGUUUUUAAAAAUCUUCCCAUGUUAAGAUGAAGCAUUUUACAGCAGGCCAGACAUGGUCAGCCAUUAACCAAAAUUCCUGCAAGUAGUUAGACAACACCCAUAGGAUGUAUGAUCACAAAACAUUAUUUAUUGGAUGUACAGUACUGGAUUUGAAGGGAACAAGCCAUUAUUCACUUGACUCUGGGGAAAUUCCUUGUCAAUGACAUCAUCAUUGAGGACGCCAAACCCCACCUGCAACCUAAUUUGAAUCCUAUUUUCAAGCAUCCAGUUCAUACCUACCACGUCUCCCACGGGACCUGAAUGCAGCGCUUGUAUUGAAGACAGUGUCUGUCCCGAGGGUCCUGCUGGGAAGACUUUCCUCCUGAUGUCUUACUGGUGAGAACCUCCCACCUGCUCAGAUAGGCCUUUCUUUUCUUUUCUUUUUUUACAAAAGCAGGAAUUCAUUGAUGUACUUCUUUGAAUAUGCAACAUGGUCAAGCACAUGUGCUUUGUUUUUUGGAGAUGAACAGCAAGGUUUUGUCCAGCGGCCUGUUGAUUUGUACUAUUCUCUUGUAAGAGCACCAUUUUGCUCAUUUUUACAUUUGUUACUAACCGUGCUCAGUGGAAUUAUUCCUAAAAAAAAUUAAUAAAUAAAGCACAAGUCACAUUA